CGGAUAGGAUAGGGCAUCGGCCUAAUUCCGGGUGGGCAUGGUGUGAGGAGUGAGAACAAGCGAGGCAGGGUUGUGAGCGAGCAAAUAGCAUUCCAACUAUGGCCUCUGCCUCUGUGACACUCUCCUUAUGCUCAUCUCUCGCAACUCACUCCAGAAUCUGUACAAAGCAACACCCAUCGCCGACAUUCUCUUUAUCUAACAAUACCUAUCUCAACUCCCUGUCCUUCUCUUCCCACAAACUCUCUCUCUCCUCUUCUUCUUCACGCGCAUUUCCUCUUCUCUCCAAGUCCUCAGAUUCGGAUGCAGCCGUGCUCGAGUCCGAACCCGGUCCAACGGAGGUUGAAGCCGAGCAAAUCAUCCAAAUCUCACCGGAACAAGUCCCCAAGCGUGAGGAAGUGUUCGCCGUGGUCAUGAUAGGAUCACGCCAAUAUAUUGUUUUUCCUGGGCGGUUCAUCUAUACUCAGAGGCUUAAAGGCGCUAAUGUCAACGACAAGAUCAUCCUGAACAAGGUGUUGCUCAUCGGAACCAGAACAACUACUUACAUUGGAAAACCAGUGGUGACUAAUGCUGCUGUACAUGCAGUAGUUGAAGAGCAGGGUUUAAAUCCCAAAGUAGUUGUCUUCAAGUAUAAGAAGAAGAAAAACUAUCGGAGAAAUAUUGGCCAUCGACAACCAAAUACAAGGAUAAGGAUAACAGGCAUCACAGGUUAUCAGGACUAUCCAGCUGUUACUCUAGACUCAUAGGGUUUCUAGGCGAAGUUGAGGGGAAUAACCGAAGAUCAUUGACAUCUGAAUGUUUUGUUCUCUUGUUUGGCAUGUAAUAUCCUCUGUAAGGGUGCCAACUCCAGUAAUGAAUAUUGAAAAUUACUUUGUACUCGAAUGAAUUAUUCAAUUGAAUUGCGUUGUGAAAAUAAUGUUUGUUGCAUCA